AUGAGUGAAUCAAGUCCAUUCACUGAAGAUAGCGAAAACUCUACAAAAAUAUUUCAAGAUUUAUUAUUCCAAUCAUUUAAUAACACCAAUAAUAAUACAACAAAUGAUAACAAUAAAAGCAAUAUACUACUUAAAAAAUAUAAAUUUUUAAAUGGUGGAUAUAAUAACUAUGAAACCGAUUUAAUCAUAAAGGUUUUUAAUUCUGUACCAAUUAUGAUGGGUGUUUGCGAUUUAUAUGACAACUCAAAUUCAAACUUUCAAAUACAAGAUUCCCAAAAUUACGAUUUUAAAUUUGUGGUUUCAAAUAAAUGCUCAGUCGAUGCAUUAUAUAUGUUUUUAGGUGAAGAUCAGGGAUUAGAUGGUUUAUUUUCAGUUAAAGAAUUAAAUUUACCAACUUAUUUUACCACAUUAUGGAUAGAGAAUAUGUUAAGAUCAUUAAGAAAGAAAAAGAUUGUAAAAUUUAUGUAUCCAAGAUAUAUCGAUAACGGAGAGGCACCAAGUUCAGAUGACUUUUAUUCUCAAAAAAUUGUAUGGAAAAAAUCUUCAAUGUGUUAUUUAGGACCAGGCGAAGAUGGAUCUUCAAAGAGAUUUUUUUUUACAUCAGAAGAAGUUACUAAAGAAAAGUUUAAAAAAGAAGAGUUAAUCAAUGAUUUCAAAAAUAGAUUAGAGACAUUAGAACACAAAAUCGAUCAAAGAGUAGAUGAACGUAUAGAGACAAGAUUUAAAUAUGUUUUAGAAUCAAUUCCUCAAAUGGUUUGGGUUACCGAUAACCAUGGCAAAAUAGAAUUUGUAAAUAGGCAAUGGAAAGAUUAUCUAGGUAUAGAUCAUGCAGGUCAAUAUUUAAAUUGGGGUAGUAUAUCCUAUCAACAGAAUAAACAUUUACAGCAACAGCAACAAAAAUCAGGUUCAAGUACAACACCAAAGAUAAACUCACCAAAUGGUCAAAUUGAUUUCGAUUCACAAUGGCAUUAUUCACUUAAAGAGAUGAAGAGAUUUGAAAUGGAAAUACUUUUACAGUCGAUAUCUGGUGAAUAUAGAUGGUUUUUAGUUAGGGCUGAACCUUAUAUAGAACCAAAACCAAGUAAUACAUCCUCAACCCCAAGCAUACAUUCAAUUAAUUUUAGCGAUAUAGACCAAGGAAAUACUUCAUUGGAUAUUAAAUGGAUUGGAACAUGCACGGAUGUUAAUGACCAAAAGACUGCUCAAGAUCGUAUCGAAAAUGCUGAAAAAUCAAAAGCAAUCUUUUUACAAACAAUGUCACACGAAAUGAGAACUCCUCUAGCUGGUAUUAUGGGCAUUAAUUCUUGGUUAUGCACUUCUUCCCCACAACUCUCUGGUGAGCAAUUAGAUGGUUGUCAUACAAUAGAAAUGUGCGCAGAAGCAUUAUUAGUAUUAAUUAACAAUAUAUUGGAUCUUAGCAAAUUAGAAGAAAAUAAAAUUAUACUAGAAGAAACAGAAUUUUAUCCAUCAAAAAUAGUUGAAGAUAGCGUAGAUAUUUUAUCAUCACAGGCCGAACAAAAGAGAUUAGAUAUAAUAUUCCAACUAAAAUAUAAAAGCUUACCAAAAGUUGUAGGUGAUUUCUAUCGUAUAAGACAGGUUUUAACAAAUUUAAUUUCAAACUCAGUUAAAUUCACACCACCAGGUGGUCAGGUUACUGUAGGUUGUGAAGUUUAUCAAGAAACAGGUACAACAACAAGAAAGAGAUCAUCUUUAGAUAGUAUCGAAAUUACAAGCCAUGAUCAAAAGAUAGUAGUUCCUGGAAAAUAUGGAAAGCUACUAUUUUGGGUUAUCGAUAAUGGUAUUGGUAUACCUGAAGAGGGUAGAGAAAAACUAUUUCAAACAUUUUCUCAAUACGAUGCAUCCACAACUAGAAAAUAUGGUGGAAGUGGUUUAGGUUUAGCAAUUAGUAAACGUUUAACUCAGCUUUUAGGUGGUGAUAUUUGGUUUGAGAGCCAAAAAGGAAAAGGUUCAUCGUUUCACUUUUUAGUUGAAGUAUUUUUCCCUGAUUAUCAGACCAUUCAACAAUCGUCACUACAACCACAAUUUAAUAUAACUAAUCAAUUGACAUCAAAUGAUUCAUCAACUAGUGGUACAAAUAAUAUAUCAUCUUCGACAUCGGCCUCUACAGCAACAACAACAGCAUCAACAAAUAAUAAUAUCGAUAUAGCUUCAUUAUGUUCAAAAAUUAUAAUACUAUCAACAAAUAAAAAUUUGGUGGAUUCAUUGUCCCAAUGGAUCGGUGAUUGGUCAAACUCAACAAAUGUUGAUUUAUUAUAUGAUGUCGAAUCAAUUGAAGAAAUUUCUAGAAUUGCCUUAAUUAAUAAUAAAAGAUUAGACUUUUUAUUUUUAAUUGAAGAUUCUUAUUGGAUCCAUUAUAGUGAUACAAUUUCAAAUGUUCAAGAAACUAUUGAAUCGUUGGUUAGUCAACAACAAGUUCAAAUGCAAAUUGAUCAAACCAAACAAACUACUGAACAACAUCUUCAAAAGCAUCAAUACCAACAUCAACAAUUAAUUGUACCAAUUAUAGCUUCAGGCACAACCACUACAACAACUACAACUACCACCACAACCACAAUAUCAACACCACCAACCAAUAAUAAUACCACCAAUAAUAAUACAAACAAUAUCAAUAAUAAUAAUAAUAAUCAAACAACCACAACACCACCAUUACAUAACAUUAAAAAUGUAUUUUUAAGUUUUUCAGUACCAUACUAUAAUUCAAGUACCUUAAAGAAACCUAUUAAAUAUACCCCUUUAAAAGAUUGUAUUUUUUCAAAUUUGUUGUAUUUUAAAUCACUAUAUUCAAAUCUACUCAAAAAAUCUUUCAUCGUCUUCUUCACCAAGCUCGCUUUCACUUUCAUCAUCACCGACCAUUCAGGCUUAACAGUAUCAUCGACCCAUACGGAAGUUAACGCCAAAAAAAUUAAAUCAAAUUCGGAUCAAUUAGCUAAUUUUUCACCAGUUUUAACACCAAUCCCACCAUGUUUAAAUUUAAAUAGCAGUAAUAUAAAUACAGCUAAUAUGCAAAUUGAGCCAAUUGCAGAAACCCCCAAUCAUAAUCAUGAUAAUGAUAUUAAUCAACAACAUAGCCCACAGUUACAUUUACUACCACAACAACAACAUAGUCCUCAAAACAACUCGCAACCACUUAUUAUUAAUAACCAUAUUAUUAACCAAGAUGGAUCAAAUAGCAAUACCAAUCAAAAGAAAAGAAGAAAUUCAGUUGUUAGCGAUACCGAUAUCCCAAUUGAAAUGACAGCCGUUAGAUAUCCCCUAAAGAUAAUGGUGGCUGAAGAUAGUCAAGUAAAUCAAAUUGUAGCAAGCAGAUUUUUAACGAAAUUAGGUUACAAAAAAGAGGAGAUUGUUUUUGUAGUUAAUGGUCAACAAGCCAUUGACUAUAUAGACAACAUAGAAAUGGUAGAUGUGAUUCUCAUGGAUAUGCAAAUGCCAGAGUUGGAUGGAUGUGAAGCUACAAGUCGUAUACGUAUCAAAUAUCCAACAACUGGUCCCCAUAUUAUAGGUUUAACAGCUUUUUGUUUUAAUGAAGAUAAAGAUAAAUGUUUAUUAAGUGGAAUGUGUCAUUAUUUAUCAAAACCAGUAAAACUAGAUGUUUUAGCAGUAGAGUUAAAAAGAGCUUGGUUGAUAAGAAAUAACUUAAGGGUUUGCGGAUGCUGUUAA